GCCAGUAGAGUAUAAAAGCCCAGGAGCACCCUCCUCUCUUGACCUGUAACUACCCAAAGGAUAGAGCACAUCGCAAAACCAUGCCUGCAGAUUUUAAUGGAAAAUGGGAGUUGGAGUCAGGCGAAAACCUUGAGAAUUACCUUAAAGCACUGGAUGUUGAUUUUGCCAUCCGCAAGAUUGCUCCCCACCUCACUCCAACAAAGAUCUUUGUCCAGGAUGGAGACAACUUUGUGAUUACAACACAGAGCACCUUCAAGAGCUUUGAGCUGAGCUUCACCAUUGGAGUUGAGAAGGAAGAAUUUACUAAAGAAAUUGACAACAGGAAAAUAAAGACACUGGUGACCUGGGAAGGGGACAAACUGGUGGCCAUACAGAUAGGUGAGAAGGCCAACCGCGGAUGGAAACACUGGAUAGAAGGAGGCAAACUUUAUCUGGAGCUGACAUGUGAACAGGUUGUUUGCCAUCAAGUCUACAAAAGAAAAGACUAGCAGGCGUGAUGAUUAUCAUGUGUUAUUUUGUCACUUUUAUUUUGCUGUUCUUGAAAGGCUAUCAAAGUGUAGGGCUGGCAGUCUAAGUGUUAACUUCCUCAGGAGAUGAAAUUAACUCACAAUGUGACACUUUCAACACUUCUGUAUGAUUUGUUUCCUUGUGUAUCAAUAAAGACACAUAAUGA